CUGCCUCAUCCAGCCAGAAUGCGCCUUUUUCUCACCAAACACCUCUCCGUGCCGAGGUCUCAGACCAGCUCUAACUCCUCCUGCGGUCCGAUGAUUGCGGGUUCCGCGGUGGUUUACUGCGUCACGUGCGAUCAGCCGCUCAGCAGCAGCUGCCUGAUUAACGGCACGCACCGGGACCACCGCCUGAAGGAUCUAAAGGACGCCGUGCACGAUCAAGUGAAAAAAUUGAAUGACCUGUCCGAGAAGCUGACAUCCAGAGAAAGGAAGUUUGGUGACCUCACACCAAGGUUUGAAGCAGCAGAGCGCGAGCUCGAGGAGAUGUGCAACCGGACACAGGAGCUGCUUCAGCAGGAGUACGGCACCCUGAUGGCUUUGAUCGAGCAGAAUCAGCAGCAGGCCUUUUUCAUCCUGAAUGCGCAGAAGGAAACACUAAAGCUGCAACUCCAUCAGCUGCACGAGGAUGCGCAGAACUACCAGAGCAAGUCCGCAGCCAUGAUCGAGUACGUGAAACAGCUCGGCAGCAAACAGGAGAGCGAGAAACCAGCCAGCCUGCUGGGGGAGAUCAGCGCACUUGAGACCAGCCUGCACACAAUGAACGGGUUUUACUCCUCUUUGGACAAGAAGUUGAAAGUCGACAACACAAGACUGAAAGCUCUGGAAAACUCCAUUAAGAAAAUCGUCGAAAAAAACAAAGAGCUUCUGCCACGGCCAUGGGAAUUUUCAGAGACAAUCACUUUGGAUGAGAGUAAAAAUCAAGGGAAUGUCCAGAUCUCAGAGGACAAGACAGAAAUGUACGUGAGCCCUUCAAGUGGUUUGAUCCAGACUGCUCGCUGGAACAAUACACAGGCCUCUCAGAGCUUCAGUAAAGGCCAGCAUUACUGGGAGGUGGCAGUAGGAGGCUGUGAGAGCUGGGCGGUGGGAGUAGUGGAAAACAUCCAGGUUAAAGCCAUCCAAACUCUGGUUCCUGGCCAUCAAAAGAAUUCAUGGAUUCUGGAGUGCGAUGGUGGCGAUCUCUCAGCGAUACACAACAGCGACUUCAGCAGGGUCAAGGGGAGCGAUAUUGAAACCCUCGGCAUCUUCCUGGAUUGCGAUAAAGGCCGACUGAAGUUCUACAACGUCAAUACAGGCUGCAUUGUGCAUUCAUUUAUUGCCAAGUUCAAGCACUCCGUAUGUCCCUUGUUCUGCAUCCGUGGACAGAAAGACAGUAUGGCACGCCUCAACAUCUGCAACCUGAUAAACAAAGUUGAUGCACAAUUGGACAGUGCCAGUACCUCCAUGACCUCAGAGACACCGAUUGAGGAGGAUAUGGAGUUGUCUUCUGAGAGCUCAAAUUAGGACAUGAUUUUAAAAAUGUGUUAAAGUAUAUUUAUUAUUUAUGUCAAGUACUAUUAUUGAUAUGAAGUCGUAUAUUUAUUAUUGAUAUUAAGUAUAUUAAGUACUUAAUAUUAAUUGAUAUUAAGUAUGAAGAUGUGGACAUACACACAGCCGAGAUGUAACCGUGCAAUAAAUAAAUGAAAUUUAUCUGUAAAUCCUGUUUAUUUGUAUAGACCACUGUGAAAAUGUCGAUGUUUUCUUGUUUUGUCGGUGUUUAAAGCCUUUUUUUCAUCUCCGCACGCCUAUAUACAGUGGAUUCAGAAAGUAUUCAGACCUCUUUACUUGUUGCACACUUUAUUGAUUUUGAAUGGAUAUUAAUUGCCAUUUUUACCCAUCAAUCCACACUUAAUCGUCCACAGGGAUGAAGCGAAAACUUGUUUUUAGAGAUUUUCAAAAAUGAAGUAACAAUCAGUCUUCCCAGGAGUGGGUGUCCCAGCAAAGUCAGUCCAAGGUCAGACUGUUUAAUGCUCAGAGAUAUACUUCACUGCAAGUUGAAUCAUAUUUAAUUACUUGUUUACCACUAUACUUUUCACCUGGCUGCCACCGCAAUAACUGCUAUGUGCCCUCCGCUAAUAUUGGCACCCUUGGUAGUUUUUUGGCAAUAAACACCAGAGGUGGUUUUGGCGCACACAGAGAGGUAGCCAUAUGGAAAAGUGCCCACGUUUAAAUAUGGUGGUGGCUCUUUAAUGUUUUGGGGCUGUUUUUCUGCCAGAGGACCUGGACAUUUUGUUAGGAUACCAAAUAUCAACAGAUAUUAAAUGAAAACCUGACUGCCUCUGCCAGAAAUCUUAAAAUAGGCCAUGGUCGGAUCUUCCAGCAGGACAAGGAUUUAAAACAUCAAGGUCAACAUCAAAUCAAGGUCCGGCCAUGGCCAUCCCAGUCCCCUGACUUGAAAUCCAUAGAAAACCUGUGGGGUGAACUGAAGAAGAGAGUCCACCAGUGUGGACCUGGAAAUUUGAAGGAUCUGGCGAGAUUCUGUAAGAAGGAAUGGUCUCAGAUCCCUCGCCAUGUAUUCUCCAACCUCAUCAGGAAUUAUAGCAGAAGACUCAGAGCUGUUAGGUGGUAGGGAGGUAGCGCAAAGUAUUGACUAAAAGGGUACCAAAAAUUGUCGCACACCUAUAUUUAACAAAGAUUUUUUUUUAUAUAUAAACCUGUGUUUUUUGCACCGGUUUGAUAUCCAUGAGAGCAGGGUAUUUUUUGUGAAUUUUUUAACAAAAGAUCAAAAGGGUAAAGAGUAAAGACAAUUUUUCACACCCUUCUUUGCUCACAUUUACCAAGGGUACCAAUAUUAGUGAAGGGCAUUGUAUGUUAUACGCUUAUCUGCUGAAUACUAUGUCAUAGUAUGUUAUGUUUACAUUCACAUUAGUUUUUAUUAUAUUGUUAGAUAAUAUAAUAUUGCACCAUAUUUUGCACUACCUGUUGUAUCGGACACACUAGAACUGUGUACAGGUCGGCGCUACACUGUCACUUACUGUGCCUGUUUUCCUGUUUUAAUAGUUACUGUCCUGUCUUUAGUCGUUUGCAGACGUUUGCACAUGCACUUUAUGUAUAAAUGUGUAGAUCUUAUUUAGUUCUGUGUGGUCUCAUGUGGUUAUUGUGUGUUAUGGACUACCACAGUCCUGGAGGAACAUUGUUUCAUUUCACUGCGUACUGAACCAGCUGUAUGUGGUUGAAAUGACAAAAAAGCCACUUAACUUGACUUAACUUGCGUUAUAUACUGUAUAUAAUAGUGUAUGUGGCCAUUAAAAAUCUUGAAUCUUGAAUCAUGUGAUCUACAGGCCUCUGUAAGCACAUGUUUAGCAAAUGUUUAUGUUCACGACAGCACAAUCAGAAAAUGACUGAACAAGUACGGUUUUCAUGGAAGGGUGGCUAGAAAAAAGCCUCUACUCUAAAAAGAAUACGGCAGCAUGACUAAGGUUUGCAAAAUUGCAUCUGAACAAACCACAAAAGUUCUGGAACAAUAUCCUUUGGACUGAUGAGAGAAGGUGUUUGGUCCUCAUGCCCAGUGCUAUGUUUGGCAGAACCAAAGACAGCUCAUCACCACAAACAUCUCCUAUCAAAUUGUUGGAGGAUUGGUGAUGAUUUGGGCUUGUUUUGCAGCCUCAGGUCCUGAGAAACCUGAGUUUGGUACUUUUAAUUUUUACUUUUAAUGAAUCACAUGAAAAUGAAUCACAUGUAAAUGAAUCACAUGAAUAUGAAUAACAUGAAAAGGAAUCGCAUGUCAAUGAAUCACACGUAAAUGAAUCAUAUGUAAUGAUUAUGAAAUGAUUAUCUUAUAUGAAUAUGAGAUAUUGUGAUAUCUACAAAAUCUCAGAAAUGUGUAUAUAGAAUUAAAUAGUAUUGAAGGUCUAUUUUCUUUUUCCCAUGAUUUUACAGGUGCACAUAUGAAUAAGGUAUUGCCAUUCAUCAUUGACUCAUAACUUGAACUACAACACGAACACACAGGUGUGAAGUUUAAUUACCAUUAUACAUACACAUGUAG